AGAAGUGUAAAGCAGGAAGUGUAAAACACAGUAAAAGGUGUAAAACAGCAACGAUAGUGCAGUCUCUGUGUUGUCCUGUUAUCUCAUACAUUGUAGAGUAAUCAAAUGAAUUUGUUAUUGCCAAAAAUGACUAUUGGUUAUGAGUCCCAGAAACUGAGCCACUUUAGCCUUUGUGAUCAUUAAUGUUCCAAACUGAGAGAAUGAAAUGUGAGUACAUUAAUGCAAUCCUGCCCCACUGGGACUACAAAGGCCAGAAUGCCUUGCUUCUCCCGGCCGGCCAGCAGGUGUGUGCAGCACAGGUGAGCUGCCGAGCGAGAGGGACAGUCACACUCAGUGAGACACACCCCUUGGAGAGGUCAGUAACAGUGAAACUAAACAGGGGAAGUAGGAGAAGAAGGAGAAAAAGCACCCAAGAGACCAGCCACAGAAAGGGCCUCCAUGAAGCUGAAGGUUAGUUCGAUGUUGGCCGGUUCAGCUCCGGAGCGGCAGGGGUAUCUGCUGAAGAAAGGGAGUCGUAACCAUUCGCCUUAUCAGCGCCGGUGGUUCUUGCUCUGGGGCAACCUGCUUUUUUAUUAUGAGAAGCAAGGGGACCCCCAGCCGCUGGGCGUCAUUGUGUUGGAAAGGUGCUCCGUCUCUCUCAGGCCUUCCCGCCUGGAGUUUGCCUUCUCCCUCUACUCCCUGUCCCGGGUCUACAAGAUGGCAGCAGAGAGCCAGAAAGACUUAGAACUUUGGGUCAAAGCCUUAUUUAGUGCCAACGUCGGAUAUACAAAGGCCCUCCUGGAUGAGGUACAGGGUCAGUACCAGAUCCUCAAUGCAGGAGACGAUGGACCAAAUAUCACAUGUCCUCAGGAGAACACAUGGAAGGCAGAUUUUGCUGUGCUCCACCAUUGGCUGGGAGAGGAGAUCCUUCCUCUUCGUGCAAAGAAGGUCACCCAUUUGCAGUAGUGAUAUCCAUAAACAUUAGCUCUUGGAAUGGCUCACUACUCCCCUUUACUGUUUCCUGGUGCGUAAACCCAACUCCACGGGCAGAAGGCUUUUUGCUGCAUGGACACCAUUACUGGGCGUAUUCUAUCAGGGUGGAGAGCAAUGAGUCCUCAAGGCCAACGUUGGCAUAUAGAAUAUAAUACAUUGAUAUAUUAUAUGAUAAUGGCAUGUUACUCAUAGAAAAGCUGGGAUACAAAGAUCCGGUGAGCUUUUAUGAAGGUCUCUCAAGCUCAAGCUUGACAGCCAUAGUUACAUUUAAGGCUGUAUUUUUUGCAGGGGGCCCCAGCAGGGCCUCUAGCUAACUACUAAUUGGCCUUAGGUUGGGCAACACAUCCUACUGUUGACCAUCUGUCCCUACUUUUGCCAUCUUGCCCUACUGUAACCAUCUUGCCCUACUGUAACCAUCUCGCCCUACUGUAACCAUCUCGCCCUACU